AUGUCCUUGACAUCCAUCCACCCGGUUCACCACGGGCGAGUGAGAGAUAAAGACACAUACACUCCUGCAGAGAGAGAGAGAGAGAGAGAGAGAGAGAGAGAGAGAGAGAGAGAGAGAGAGAGAGAGGAGAAAAACCUGAAGGCAGAAACUAGAAGAAGAAGGAGAAGGAGAAGAAGGAGAAGGAGAAGGAGAAGAAGGAGAAGAAGGAGCGGUGAGGGGAGGAGAUCACAGUGCAGAGAAAUGCUUGUGAAGUUGGAGAAGGAGAGAGGGGCGGGGCUGAUGGAGAAGUGACGUUCAUUCUAAUCGUCUCAUCCUCUGCAGCGAGAACACUGGAGGUCGGCGGCUGGCCUUCACCUCCACCUGCAGCUACACCUGUCAUGGGGUCGGGUUCGUCAGAGGAUCUCCGUCAGUCCUUUCUUCUUCCUGAUGGACUCUGGAGACUCUAAAUAUUCUCUUCUUUUUAAAGUUCGGUCAAAAUGAAGCAUCUAAAAAUACAACAUGCUAUUCUUAGACACUCUCCAGAUCUACCAGAUCUAUCAUCGCUGCAGUCAAUUAAAGCUCCACUGAGGAGUUUUAGCUGAUAUGGACUCUGUUUGACCCGCCAAAGUAAACCAGACCAUCAGCGACAUGACGAAGGCUCAUUUUUGUUUAGUGGAGCUUCUAUGAAGAGGUCAGAGGAUCGUAACCUGCUAAAAAAAACACAAGUAUUCCCAUCGAGUGAUAUGUUUGAGUGUUACAAGGCAGAAAAAGAUAUCACAAACGCCACAGGGGGGCGCCAAAAUCAACACAAACAUAUCAAGGGUCCUCACAGGAGCUUUAAAAUAGUAUUAAAGGCAGUAUUUGUUUCUGCUUCAGCUCAGUAUCUGAAUAAAUACGCAUCAUAACCUCAUGAUCACCUGAUCCUGAUUAAAGUUCCAACUUCAUCCAGCUGUCAGCCCUGACCACGACUUCAGACCUGUAAUAAUAAUAAAAGUGGAGGUGACGAUGUUUGACUGAUUUUCAGUCUAAAUGUUCACAUCCUAAAUUAUUCUGGAGGAUCGAUUUGAGCUGAACAAAGAUCUGAGUGAUGAAGCAGAGCUGGAGCAUCAUGGAGACGGAGAUAUGAUGAGGAGGAAAUAGUCUGAUGAGGUGAUUAACUGCAGAGUCACAGACAGUAUGAGCUUUGUCGCCCUCUAGUGGUCAAUGAGAAACCUUCAGUUUAAAGGUGUUGUAGUCAGGAUCUGAGUUAGUUCCAGUUUUUAGGAGAAAUCUUGAAUGUAAACUCGACCCCUCCAACCAGUUUUCCCCUCAGCUCCUCCCCUCCCUCUCUUAAGCCCCGCCCACAAACAGACGCUCCUGCUCGCUCGUAUCGUUCCAAUUAAAUUCAGAUAUAAUGCAGAUCAAUACUUCAGAUCAUUACAAAUGGGGCCCAGUCAAGGUGAAAGUCAAAAGCAUUGGUGCUACUGUAGAUGCCAACAGACUACCAGCAAACACAAUGUUUGCAGGACUUCUACAACGAGGAUAAAGUGACAUAGUCCAGGACCCGAGGGAGGACAGUUUAGCGAUGGCGCUACAACACGCUACAGCAGGUCCGUUUGACAAGAAACACUUCUGUUACAGACACUUGUCUUACUUUGUUAAAGCGGUUUACCUGUCCAGCAGAAAGGUUACAGGGUCACCAAGAUCCCCAAGCGUCCCCCAUCGUUUAUGUUGACCCGGCUUUUUAGCUCUUGUCCGGUCUACCUCCGUUUUAAGCGCCCGUUAUUCCUCCAGAGUCUCCGGUAUUUACUUUGUUUUCUUGCUUGUGUCGGCAGUCGUGGCCAAAGGAGGAUUCAGACAAUUUUCCGAACUUUCUGGUUGGUUUCUACUGUCCGAUAUUGUAGCACGCUAACUUUGUUUGGGCUCCUGAACGACACGGGGGAGCAGCGUCUGCCUCACAACCAAUCAGGUUAGAGGGGGUGGAGAACGGCUUUGUUUACAGUCAGAAAGAGCGGACCGCUCAGAAAUGUUCAAAUGUUGACGACACAGACAGAAGAGAACACAGAGAUAUCGAUAUAUUACCAAAUAAUCAAUAACUAAUAACUAUUGACUGAUAUUAAAGAUGUUUUGUAUAAAAACCACAAAAUAAAAAGAUGUUUCUUUAACGGAUUCCUGACUACGACACCUUUACUGUCAUCUGACUGACAUUCAGGCUGAGGGAGAGAAAAACAAAAAUCAGUGUUUUCAGUGACUUCAAGUUUAAAGUUGGUUUUAAGGAUGUUUGUCCAUCUUCUGUUGACCGUUUUUCAUCGUUUUUCAUCAUUUUUCACCCUUUCAUUUGAAGACAAAGUUUCUGGCUCAAAGUGUUUUCUUUUCCUUUUUUGAAGAAUAAAUUAUUUUUUUAACACUCAAACUGAUAAUCGAACGUGUCACAGAUGCAAGCGAACCUAAACCCCAGCACAGACAGACAUAUUUCUCUACAGACCGAGCUCCUCUGUCAGAAUCGGGACUUAAGCUUCUUUCACACCGGGACAGUUUUUAUCGUGCGAUUAUUUCAGACGUCAAUAUUUUUUUUCAAACCCGUAUCCUGUCAAUACAAGCGUCACAUCAGCGACGUUUUCCCGUCCUGCGAUAUUUCAGCACUUAUUUUUUCGGAUCAUGGUCGAUUUUUCUAAAGUUUCUCAGACUGUGUGUCCACUUCUGACCAAUCAGAUUUUGUGUUGUUGUGACGUCAGAUUCACCGGUAUAUCCAACAUGGCCGACCGGCUGAUUGUUUCCGUGUCGGAGAACAGAGUGAUUUUUGAUCAAAGACACAAACAUUACAAAGAGAACGACCUGAAGGACGACUUGUGGAGAGUCAUAGUGUCGGAUUUCUCCGAUGACGAUGGUUUGUGAGCUUUAACAGUUUGAUAAACGUCUUUGUUUGAACUUUCAUCUGUGCUAACGUAACUUUAGCUCGUAAGCUAACCUGUUCAGAUACAACAGACCAUCUGUAUUUUCACUGUAAACUCAGUCACAGCUCCAUCAGGUCUCUGUUGUUACCUUCCCCCCAGAAAUGUGUGUAUAGUCAGGCGCGUCAAAAUUCGCCUCUGAAUAUUUCGUUGUGUCGUGUCGUAUAUUUGUGUCAUGCCGGUGUGUACGGACCUUUAGGGUUAGGCAUAUUUUAAAUAUUUCUUAAAAUAUUAGAAAUAUUAAAUAUCAGUGAGGACAGAAAGAGUCAUCUGUUAUCAUUAUUUCUCUGUGUCUGGACUAACAACACUCCUGGGGCCCAGGCUUUUUUGGACUGGGGCCACCCCAGUAUAAAUAACCUGGACACGCCCCUGCUGUCUCCAUGUAAAGAGUCUAGAUUUAUUUCAGAAACACCAGGUAAACAGUCAUGAAGUUCUCACAAAUAUCAGUAGAGGAACUGAGGAGCUUGAACGCAUCAUUCGUCGUAUUUCCGACUUCCGCACAGGAGGAGCUGUAGUUUACGGGGAACCCCUGAACGCAGCACAGCAUUACAGACACUCCAGCGGCUCCACAACAGACAGGGUAAGAACUGACACCGACUUUAACUGACGAUUUACACCCAAAUAAACCGAGAGAACCGACAAUAAGAGUUUAAAUCCGGUCAUAAUAACUCGGACUGUUAGCCUACAGUUAGCUCACUCUGCUUCACUUUCCUUCAGUUUACUCCGAAAAUCUGAUUUUCUUCACCGGCCUCAUUUCACAAACACAAACACGACUCAGUUUAGACCCCAAACUUCUCUCUUUGGGGAUAAACUCGUGUCUUUUCUCGGUUUUUCUCGGUUGUGGGUGGGUGGGAGUCUGACAGCGGAUGUAACUUCAGCAGCUAACCGGCUAACAGCAAAACGAGCGAAACUUUUCAGCCCAAAAAACGGAUAAAAGUUUCUGUUUUAUCAGCUGAUACUGACUAAAGACACUGUCGAUAUGAAGAAAAUGAAGUUUAUGACAGAUUAACCCUCCAGAAAGACUGACAGGAGAUUAAUAGAAGUUAUUUUUCUCAGGUUUGUAUGCGGAAGUGAAUGAAAAGUAAGAAAAGCACAGCUAACGUCAACGUGUGUUUAAAACCUUUUUUUAAAGAAUUACGGUAAUUUUUACAGUUUAAUUAAGAUAAAUUAAACUGUUUAUGUUCCACUAACUAAAGAUGGACUUUGUUAAAACAUUAUUAUUUGGGCAAAGAGCAAAUAAACCGUCGUUUCAGUGUGAUGGGACAUGUAUUUAACAAAAUAAACCAUUAAAACCGGAAAUACCUUUUUAAAAUAAGUCUGAAUUUGCAUAAAGAAGUUGCAUUAAUGAUGGUCAGGACACACACAUCACUGUCUCUUCGUUAUGUAAUGACCUGCUGCUGGUUCCAGCUUCAUAAAUAUCAACUUUCACAGAUUUUUCCUCUUUAGUAUUGAGUUUUUAUCUCCUGGUUUGACCAGAGAAACGACUAAAAGUCACUUUGGAAAGAGGAAGGAGGACUUUAAGAAGGAUUUUCUGUGGGUUUGUCUGAGGCUGCCUGACUCACACAGAAAUGUACCCAGAGGACAUUAAUAGUGUGUUUGCUGUCUAAACUAAACUAAACUAAACUAAAGUACAGAAGUUCUGUGAUCACAGGUAAAAACAGAGCUAACACAGAUGUUUUCAUGAUGAGCCGUGAGCUCUGACGGAGGACAUGUGAUCAUGAGAACAAAUCAGAGUUUGUCCAACAGGUGAUUUCCUCCGUCCAAUUAAAACAAAAACACUCGUCUCUGACUCAGCAGUCAAGUAUUCUGGUACGUCAGCUCCAAAUAUCUGGGACACAACAGAGAAGAACCUCGGCUACUGACACCAGAGAGCGCCGUAUUAUCGGUGAACGACGAUCACCAAAGAGCUGAUACUGGGGUGGGUGGGGUUAUGGCUAAGACUCCAAACACUCUCGCCCUCACAUACUGACUUCUCGGUGUGAUUUAUGUCUGUAUUUAACUCACGCUCUGUGUUCCUGGGUGUAUUUCUUCUUCAGCCGUGGUCCACCGGUGACCUGCAGCCUCUCAGCCCACCCCCUCACAUGAUCGCCCACCCCUGCUCUACGGGAGAAGUCGGGGAACUUUUCCGAACAUUUUCGAAGUGAAACCGAAUCUUAUUCUCCGCAUUUUAUUCCUGAGUUUUGGCCGAUUACCGAUUCGUCUCAAACGGGCUAAAAUUGGCCGAUUUAAUCGACUCGCCGAUAAAUCGGUCGGGCCCUAAUGACAACGAUAUCUAAAAUUGAUUUCCCUCAACAUCAAUAUAAAACAUGAUCAAUAUGGUCGACUAUACGAACAGCCAAUGAAAAGGGGCGUGUCUCCGGGUCUGAACCAAUCAUGUUCUGAAUUAGAACCAAGUAUCAACCAACUGCAGCGUCGUAGCAGACAGCAGCUCCACCCAACCAUAGCACUUUAACAGGUGAAGCCGACAGCACUGUUGGUGAGAAACAAAAAAAAUGAGUGCUACCCCCGACAGAAAUGACCAUGAAGGCUCAACAGAUGACCACAUCAAUGUCAACCACAACACUGGCGUUAGGAAAACGUCGGUGGUGUGGAGGUAUUUUGGUUUUUGGAGGUCGGACAUGAAGCAGAGUAAUGUGGACUGUAAAUUAUGUCGAGUACAUGUUCUCACAAAGUCGGGGAAUACCUCAAAUCUUUUUCACCACCUGAAGCAGCGGCACGCCGCAGAGCACGCGCAAUGCAAAAGGUUACAAACCCCGAGAGGAGCGAGGAGCCCAUGGCGCCUGAAACAGACGACCAUUCAGUCGGCUUUCUCUAGAGCAACACCUUAAUAUACAUAUAUAUACAUAUAUAUAUAUAUAUAUAUAUAUAUAUAUAUAUAUAUAUAUAUAUAUAUAUAUAUAUAUAUAUAUAUAUAUAUAUAUAUAUAUAUAUAUAUAUAUAUAUAUAUAUAUAUAUAUAUAUUAUAUAUAUAUAUAUCGAUAUGGACUGAUAUGAAACAGAAAUGAUAAACUUUUCCCCGUAUCGCCCGGCCCUGUCUGACGGUGAAAUCAGAGCAGGUAUCUGCAGGUAAACGGGUGAAGCGUCUAAAAUCUGGCUCCUGUUUGCAGGUCGGCGUGUUUUUCCCACACUUGAAUUAAGUGAAUUAGGUGGAGCAGCAGCGUCCCUGAAGACGAGCGUUUGUCCGUCCCCCUGACUCAUCAGCUGAUUCUGCCUCUGUCAGACAUCUCCACACAAAGAGUCAGUGAUGGAGCGACGGCCCCGCCGCCUCGUUUACCAUUGUCCCCCUUAAUGAAGCGGCAGCCCGGGUAUGUGAGCUGCUCGGCGUCUGGGAGGUCACAGGAUCUCCACCCAGUGUGUAGUAAACACGGCGUCUCACGGCGACAGGAUCCUGAAAAGAACGAGACGAGCAGAAAAAAGGCUGGACUCUGUUCUUCCACUUUAGUUCUCCUCAGAGCAGCUCGAGGUUUCGGAUGUAGAAAGAUCUGAAAACUCUGAAGAAGAAGAGGAAGUGUCAUAAUAAUGUCAUGAUUGGUAAAAGAAUCAGUCAAUUCAUCGAUCCGUCUCUAAAAUCUGACGUCUGAAUCUGGGAAAUUUUAAUCUUCUGUUGUAUUUUUGUGCUCCAGUGUAUCAGGACGACACCGCCUUUAUUUUGUCAAACGACCUCUCCAUCAGCGCUCUCUCUGUUCUCUGACCUCCGCCCUCUCCUCCUCCUCCUCCUCCUCCUCCUCCUCAGAUGCAGACCAUAAAGUGCGUGGUGGUGGGUGACGGUGCGGUUGGAAAGACGUGCCUGCUCAUCUCCUACACCACCAACAAGUUUCCCUCAGAAUACGUCCCCACGGUGAGUGAGCGCCACCUAUCAGUCAGCUGACUCUGUACUCUUACACCAGAAUAGGGUUGAGUAUCGAUUGAUUUUGAACGAUUCUGAUUCCUCUUUUCAAUUCUGAUUCCGAUCGAUUCUUUAUUCCGAUUCUUUUAAAGGUCAGGAUAUUAAAAAAAUAAAUGUAUGGUUUAAAUGAGGGCGCUAACCGGAGCUCUUCUUCUUUUUGGAGGAAAUUUCUGAACAUGAAUUUUUAAAUUUUAAGAACUUUACUCUGAAUUUCUCACAUUUUAACCAGUUUAUAAAUCUCAGUUUUUGUUUUCAGGUCGUUUGUCGGUGAAAAAGUACGAAGGCUUAAGUUGACCCUCCGUACUCAGUCCAGUUUGUUUGACUCUUCAAAGUUAACAGAAGAUUUCACUGGUUCUGAUUCUGAUUGGUUAGACCGGUGUUGUGUUGUAGAAUGUGUCCUCUCCACUCAUGAGCUUCUUAAAGUGAAGAAAAUGAUCUCAUAUAUAAAAAAACACGAGUAUUAGAUCAUGAAACAUGUCAGAUGAAGCAGCAAACUUUUGUUUUUAUGAGUCUCUAAAACGCUCAUUCAGAGGUGAACUUUAUAAACUCUACAGUAAAAACUGUCAAAGAACUUUAUAUUUUCAGGACAGUAAAUAUUCAGAAUCAGAGGACUGUCGUUUUCAGUUUAUCUGAUUAGUCUGAAUGAAAUCAUUAAAGUUAAACGCUUUAGAAUCCGUCCAACAGAAAGAAAAACUCGGAUUAUUU